GGGCUCCGAAAAUCAUUCUGCUGCUGCCUUUCAGCUUGCAAACAAGCAACGAAAAGUUCACACUGGAAAGGGAUGACAGGGAGGACUGAGGCGGCAGGAGCAUAGCAGAGAUGAGCCUCACGUCCUGGUUUCUGGUGAGCAGCGGCGGGACGCGGCACCGGCUGCCCCGCGAGAUGAUCUUUGUGGGUCGUGAUGACUGUGAGCUCAUGCUGCAGUCACGGAGUGUUGACAAGCAGCAUGCAGUAAUCAACUAUGAAUCUGCCAGCGAUGAGCACAAGGUGAAGGAUCUGGGUAGUCUGAAUGGGACAUUUGUGAAUGAUGUUAGAAUUCAGGAGCAGAUGUACAUCACUUUGAAGAUAGAUGACAAAUUGAGAUUUGGAUAUGAUACCAAUCUAUUCACCGUGGUUCGAGGAGAGCUACACGUUCCAGAAGAAGCUUUAAAACAUGAAAAGUUUACCAGUCAGCUCCAACUGGGCAAGAAGCCUACCAAUGGGGAGCCCUCAAAGACCAUCAAAUCUCCAACUGCCAAAGCCCCUGAGUGCAAAGUCACAGAGCCUGUCGCAGAACCUCCUGUUAAACCUGUGGAAGCAAACAAGGCCGAGGACAAGAUGCCAGGGGACAUAGCUGCCUUACACAGGGGGACCCCUUUGUACGGACAGCCGUCUUGGUGGGGUGACUGCGAUGCGGACGAUGAGAACUCUUUCAAGCAAGAGAACAAAACGUCCGGGAAAAAACAGGACAGUUCCUAUUCAGACAGCAAGGAGGCUAAGAAAAACGAGAGGCCCAAGGAGGAUGGCCUGGCUCCCGUAGGCUCUGAGCCUAGCUACUUUGAGAUCCCCAGCAAGGAAGGGCAGAUGGCCGAGAACAGCAUCCACGAGAUCCCCACGAAGGACACGGAGGGAGCCUCGGCCGCCAAGUCUGCCGUGGGCAACACCGCCGCACAGGCCAACACCUCGUUCACUAUCGAAUUUGACAACACCUCGCCGGGGAAGGUGACCAUCAAAGACCACGUAUCCCGCCCGCGACCCAAGAAAUCGCCUCAGCCCGGGGGGAAAGAGCUCACUACACUUCAAGCUGCCAUCAUGGCCUCGGAGACAAAAGUGGCUGACUGGCUCGCCCAAAACGACCCUCCUCUGGUACGACGGGAGUCCACGGAGGAGGACACGAAGAGCAUCAAGAGCGAUGUACCUGUCCACCUCAAGAGACUAAAAGGCAGUAAACACGAGGACGGCACCCAGAGCGACUCUGAGAACGGCCUGGGGUUAAGGUUCGGAAGCAGGAGGAAUGCCCUGGAAGAGCGGCUAAGGGGCGCGGAGGCAGGCCGGGUCAAGGCCAGCGGCGCCAAAGGUCCGUCUUCCGCCAGCCGGACUGCCUUCAUGAUCGAGUUCUUCGACGAGGACAACCCUCGCAAGAGGCGUUCCUAUUCGUUCUCACAGACCGCCCCGCUGGUCGGAGGUGCAGCCGGGGAGGGGCUGUGCCCCACUCCUCCCUCCCGUCCAAAGGUGGCUUCCUCGGCAACGGACGUUAAUAAAGGCGCGGUGUCGUCGUCAUCCGUGGGGGUGGUCGCUCCCAUGGCAACUCGACCACUCCAGAAACAGAAAUCAGAGGAUCCGAGUCUUGUGCGUUGCUCGGUUAGCGUGGGUCAGCCUAGUCCCAGUGAGGAACCUCAGAGACAGGACGAUGAUCAAAGUGACAAAGGCACGUACACCAUCGAACUGGAGAACAGCAACCCUGAGGAGGAGGAGGCUCGCCGCAUGAUUGAUAAGGUGUUUGGUGUGGUGAACAGCCAAGAUCUGAGUUCCUCAGAGAUACAAACUGUGGGGAAGACAAGUGAAAGUAAAAAAUCAAGCGUCACUGCCCCCGAGAUCCUUGCUGAAGACUCUGCUGUGGGCAGCCCUCGCUGGGUCUCACAAUGGGCCAGUUUAGCUGCUAAUCAAACCAGGACUGACCCUGAGGGAUCUGGAGCUGAAUCUCCAGCCUUCAUCCAUAAAGAACGAGAGACAGAUGCCUUUGAGUCAGUGACCUCUGUCAGAAGCAUCAGCUCUACCACGUCCAGCCAGACAGAAAGGAAGAGGAGGACACUGCCCCAGCUCCCCACUGAAGAGAAGACCAAGCAGAAUAAGGGCUCUGGGGUUGGUUUGCGCUCAGAGAUUGGCGAGAAACAGGACACCGAGCCCCAAGAGAAAGAGAGCCACUCCGAGCAUAAAGGUGAUGGCGAGUGCAAAGCCAACACAGAGGCAGAGAACAGCAUGACCGGCAAGUCCGGCCAGGCCAAAGGUUCCCAGCAGGAGGUGAAGAGCGGACAGCAGUGGUCAUCUUCCAAGCCUCUCACGCGACCUCUCGGAAGUGGCGAGAAGAGGACCGAAGACAGUCGAAGGAGGAGAACGGAGGACAAGGGCAAAGGAAGCGAUGGAGAGAGGUCGGGGAAGCCUCUAGUGCGUCAGGGCAGCUUCACCAUUGAGAAGCCCAGCGGCAACGUGCCCAUCGAACUCAUCCCCCGCAUUAACCGCCAGAUGAGCGGCUCAGGGCGCGAACGCAGCGACUCUGUGGGAAGUAUGGACACGGCCACGCUGCUCAAGGACACAGAGGCGGUCAUGGCGUUCCUUGAGGCAAAGCUUCGCGAUGAGAAUAAGUUAGACUCAACGGCGCCAGCGGGUUACACCCCUGCACGGUCCGUAUCGCCGGAGUCGGAUAUCGAUACGGCGAGCACGGUCAGCCAGGCGGCAGGCGACGGGGAGCGCAAGGCUGUGCAGAAGCGUCGAUCUCUCAGCAGCCUCCACAGGGAGAAGAGCAACAUGAGUACAGCUUCGAAAACUACAGCAAGCGCACGUGAGCGUCUGGAGAGGAAAGCUAAGAGCAGGGCAGUAGAGAGCAGACCCGACGUCCGACGUUCUUCCCAGACGGCAUCGCGUGCACGCCAACCGUCCUUGGACCUCACUGACGACGAUCAGACCUCCUCUUUGCCUAUCUCCGACAUCCUCUCCUCUGACCAGGAGACCUACUCCAGCCGUUCCCAUGGCCGUGGCCAGUUCACCUCCACCGAUGACCUCCUGCAGUCCAAACUUGACGGCAGCAAAUCAGCUAAGAAUGCCAAAUCAAGCAAGACGCCACAGGUUAGCGCCGUCGCUCUCGGAAAACAAGCUGCCUUGCCCCAGCCCAGGCCUACCAGGGCCUCCCUGUUACGCAGGGCGCGGCUCGGGGACACUUCUGACACGGACUUGGCCGACGCCGACAGAGUUUCUGUGGCUUCAGAAGUGUCCACCACCAGUUCCACCUCCAAACCUCCGUCCGGACGAAAGACGCCCUCGCGCAUCGACAUGCUGGCGCAACCUCGGCGAAACCGGCUAGGCUCCAUAUCGGCCAGGAGCGACUCGGAGGCCACAGUGAGCAGGAGCACGGCCUCACGUGUCUCGGCCGAGACAGCCUUGCGUCUUGGUCUGCGGAGCAGCAGCCCUGCAGACAGUAAGAUGACCCCGCGCCUGCGAGCAAACAGCGUCUCCAAGCUGGCCGAUGCCAAGACCAAGGUCACACCCCCGAACCACAGCUCCUCCACAGGUGAGGACUGUCUAUACUGCUUUUAUACAGAGGUCCCAGAACCUGACCCUGAAAGUGCCCAAGCAGAGGAGGAGACAAUGGCCAAUAACCGGUGGAGACGGCUACCCCCGGAGUACGCCUCCACAUCAGAGGACGAGUUUGGCUCCAACCGUAACUCCCCGAAACACACCCGUCUGCGCCCGGGCACAGCCUUGCGAAGCUCCAGGUUGGGAGGCUCUGCCCCGACCACGCCAGGCCCGGGGGGCAUUGUCCUAAAACACAGGAUGAGAGAGCAAGAGGAGUACAUAAGAGACUGGACCGCCCACAGUGAGGAGAUUGCCAGGUUAUUUCCCUGUGUGCGCAGGAUCAGUCAGGACCUGGCCAAGGACCUGGCCAUCCUGGCCCGUGAGAUCCACGAUGUGGCGGGCGAAAUCGACUCGGUCAGCUCCUCUGGAACGGCGCCAAGCACCACCGUCAGCACGGCCGCCACCACCCCCGGCUCCGCCAUCGACACCAGGGAGGAGUUGGUAGAACGAGUCUUUGAUGAAAGCCUGAACUUCCGGAAGAUUCCCCCUGUGGUGCAGACCAAAGCCCCCGAGAUAAACGGCCGCCCGGUCGAGCGUCGUCCACGAGCCCCUGACCACCUGGACCCCCAGACAGCCCUGCGCCGACGCACAUGGAAUCGGGAUGAGGUGAGACCGGCUGUAUUAGACAGCUUGCUGCUGACAUCUGUCUCUCAGCUGUCCUCAAAAAUACGCCAGUCAGUGGAUAAAACAGCUGGCAAAAUCAGAAUAUUGUUCAAAGAUAAGGACAGAAACUGGGAUGACAUUGAGAGCAAACUUGGUUCCGAGACUGACGUUCCACUUCUCAAAACUUCAAAUAAGGAAAUUUCCUCCAUCCUGACGGAGCUGAGGAGAGUGGAGAAGCAGCUCCAGGUCAUAAAUAUCAUGGUUGACCCUGAUGGGACUCUAGAUGCCUUGACCAGCCUGGGUUUGACUAGCCCGACUCAGCCAAAAGCCAAGACCAGCCCAACUUCUCAGACUCCUCGGGGGGCCCUUCUGGGCAACGGAGCCACCCAUCCCUCAACCACUCCCGCCCCUGCCCAAGAGUCCACGGGCCAGGUUCACAGCCUUAACCAGGCACUUCCCAAUGAAGAAGAGAAUGCCAUCACGAGCAAGUGA